ACCAUGACGCCCCGCACGCGAUCAAGCAACAAGGGCGCGGAAUUCAAGGCCUACUACUCUAAAAAGGUGCCACAACAAGUUCAUUUCCCGCAUAGGAAGAAGGUCGUGCGUAGGCGCGAUACACCAGAACGAGAUGAGACCAAAAAGAAACAGAUGACGUUCCUGCCGGACAAGAUGCGAAUCAAGAGUGAAAUAUAUGUGAGAGACUCGGAUGAUGAGAGUGAGCAAGAUGUGGAGCUGGAAUCAAGAGACGAUCUUCAACAGGACAUGGAAGAUGGCGGAGCAGUGGUUACAGAAGAAAUGGGACAUCAGAGCGAGGCAGGAAGUUCGGCAAAGAAAGACAAGAAGAGGACUGGUGAUUUUAUACAGCGGGGGUCUGAAGAGGAUGAAGAGCCUAUCCAUCCAAUAUCCAAACGCAGACGGAAAGCUACAGCGCCACAAGAGAGACGCCACCGCAAGUUGAGGAGACAAUCCACCAUGACACAGCUGGUUGAUGGACGGCGGCCUCUUCCAGGCACGGAUGAGCCGGAGUUCAAGCCCAUCAAACACAGCCUGCGCAGAAGCUUGAGUGGGAAAAGAAAGAAGCAGGAAUCGGACAAAAAGCAGAGAACGUUGACGCAGAUGGUUCCUGGUUUGACGCCAUUGGGAGACUCGGACGCCUACCUAGAAGAGGAACUGGCAGAGCUUGAGGCGCAGGACUCGGACAGCCAGGCGUACGACGAUGCAAUUGCGAAACGGCUUGGACAACAGGGCCUCUUCCAAACUGGAGGAGACAAUACGAAAGCCAUUUGUCAGGAUUUGGCCAUGCCUGAUGUGCAGCCCCCUGUGAAAAGGGAAAUUGACGGCAACGAAUCCCCUGCUGAUCCAUCGGAUAUACCAUCUGUAGUAAUACAGUCUGUGGAGGAUGAGGUGGGUAGCAACGAAGAAGGCGAAUAUGAGCCAACACAGUACAUUGAUGCUCCAGUCACCCGGACUAGGCGAACACCACGACGUUCGAUGCACAAGGAGGUGGGAGACCCCCAACCAAGCAAAGCUGAGGCGACCCUACCCUCCAAAACUAGAAGAUCUCGGUUUAGUCUGCUAUCCACUCCAGAAAAGCGUCGUGUACGCGUGAUACCAUCUUCACAAUCACCUCCUGAGUCGCCACUCUUCACUCAAGUUUCGCCCCAGAAAACAUACCGUUCGCCCCAGAAGACGCAUCCUUCACCACUCAAAGACCAAACUAGCUAUUCUGAAAAGGUUCUGGAUACGCCUUCGAAACGAAGACAAGUCACUUUCCAGGAGCCAUCGAAAAGGCAGGUCCCGCCACCUACCUUGAGGCGAUUUGAAAGCACCAUUCAGGACUCUGAGGACGAAAGCGACGAUCUUAUCGAGGAAGAUAUUUCCGAAGGGGACAGGUCAAUUGGCGCUCAUACACCAGCUCAGUCUUAUAGUAUGAACCGGACUAAGGGUGACAACCCGGAUCUCGAUGUUGAUGAUAUCGAGGAUCUUCCCAUCAUCGGCUCGUCCACAUUGCAUAAGGAUAUCGAGCCUACCCAUCCCAAAGCCGAGUUCUCCAUGCUACCUGAUCACAUGCGUUCAUCGCCGCCGCUGAUUGGGAUGGAGGACGAAAGCAUCAUCCCCUCGACACCAAUGCCCAUCCAAGACGACUCAUCAGAUGACGAACAAGAACCGGAUCAAGCACCCCCGCACACAGGUCGACACAUCAUCCCACACCCACCUUCUCCAUCCAACCAACACUCCGCAGAUCUAGACGGCGAGCCCGUACAAGUCCCGCGCUCCCCCUCAGCCCAGCACGAGACCCAAGAAUCGCACUCCAGCAAAGCAGAGCAACAGCUCCAAAGAGAAUGGCUCUCCUACUCGCAAUACCACCACGCCCGCCCACCCCAAUCAUCCAGCAUGCACGUCGCAGGCGACCCAUUCAGCUACGACGCCACACCCCUCCCAUCACGCAACGCUCCCCCACCACCGCAAUUCUCAGGCCACCAGCUCAGCCAGGCAACAACCGUCGACGAAAUGACGCCCAGAAAAAACAGAACACAGGUCCUUGCCAGCGCCAAUACAACGCCCCGGAAAAUCGCCAGCUCGCAGCCUUUUGCCGCGGAGAAUAGGCCGCCGCCGCUGUUCAUACCGAGUAGCUUCCCCAGCCCGACGAAAGUUAGGAUGGAGGGCUGGAGUAGUCCUGUGUUUGGGCGGACGCAGGAUUUUAGGUCGAGUCAGAUGUGUGGGCUUGAGGAGUUUAGUAUUCCGCCGCCGCCACCGGUUGAUGAGGAGUGA